AUGCUACGCACCCAGGAAAUCCAAAUGACGUCACUUGAUCAAGACAGCAAGGUGAGAGUCAGUAAGCGGAUUCAGACGUAUAAGGACAUUUAUCCUGCUGUUCUAGUGUCUCAGAUCGAUGAGACCAUCCGCCUCGUAGGGCCAUGCAGGGACAGUUAUGAGAUGAAGCAGAGGCUCUUGAGCUCCAAGAGACAGGAGAAGCAGCUCGAUGUCCCGCCUGUCCCAAAGAGAGGAUGCCCCCAUCUAAUGGGAUUGUGACCCUGUCCCUAAAGCUGUGCUCUUUGCUGCUGCACCAGUUUACUCCUCCUUAAACUAGCAGGAUGACUGGGGGUGUGGAAGGGCUGUACAGGGGGGCUGCUGGAGGUCCUGUGCCCUCUACACCCACAUUCACAGGGGAAGAAGUAGCUCUGAGACCCGGGGAAAGUAAAGGAGUAGAAGGAGGUACUGAGGCAUGACAGGAAUGCAAUGGAACAGAGACCACAGAGGCCAGGAAGGGAUGCAAUGAAACAGAGGGCACAGAGAACAGGAAGGGAUGCAAUGGAACAGAGGGCACAGAGAACAGGAAGGAAUGCAAUGGAACAGAGGGCACAGAGAACAGGAAGGAAUGCAAUGGAACAGGGGGCACAGAGAACAGGAAGGAAUGCAAUGCAACAGAGGGCACAGAGAAAAGGAAGGAAUGCAAUGAAACAGGGGGCACAGAGAACAGGAAGGAAUGCAAUGGAACAGAGGGCACAGAGAACAGGAAGGAAUGCAAUGGAACAGAGGGCACAGAGAACAGGAAGGAAUGCAAUGCAACAGAGGGCACAGAGAAAAGGAAGGAAUGCAAUGAAACAGGGGGCACAGAGAACAGGAAGGAAUGCAAUGGAACAGAGGGCACAGAGAACAGGAAGGAAUGCAAUGAAACAGAGAGCACAGAGAACAGGAAGGAAUGCAAUGAAACAGAGGGCACAGAGAACAGGAAGGAAUGCAAUGAAACAGAGGGCACAGAGAACAGGAAGGAAUGCAAUGAAACAGAGGGCACAGAGAACAGGAAGGAAUGCAAUGAAACAGAGGGCACAGAGAACAGGAAGGAAUGCAAUGAAACAGAGGGCACAGAGAACAGGAAGGAAUGCAAUGAAACAGAGGGCACAGAGAACAGGAAGGAAUGCAAUGAAACAGAGGGCACAGAGAACAGGAAGGAAUGCAAUGAAACAGAGAGCACAGAGAACAGGAAGGAAUGCAAUGAAACAGAGGGCACAGAGAACAGGAAAGAAUGCAAUGAAACAGAGGGCACAGAGAACAGGAAGGAAUGCAAUGAAACAGAGGGCACAGAGAACAGGAAGGAAUGCAAUGAAACAGAGGGCACAGAGAACAGGAAGGAAUGCAAUGAAACAGAGGGCACAGAGAACAGGAAGGAAUGCAAUGAAACAGAGGGCACAGAGAACAGGAAGGAAUGCAAUGAAACAGAGCACAGAGAACAGGAAGGGAUGCAGUGGAACAGAGCACAGAGUCCAGGAAGGGAUGCAAUGCAACAUAGGGCACAGUGUUGUGGUUUUGGGAAGGGAUGUUGUGAUGUUGGGAAGGGAUGA